AUGAAGUCAGAUAAAGUCCGACAGCUUGACAAAGCUGCCGUUGAAGGAUAUCCUGCAGGUCAGAUUCCCCGGCUGAAGAAAAAUGUCCCAAUCUACAUCUCGCGAUCGACCGAAAAGGAUAAGGACAAGGAGUUCAUUGCGGAAGUCAACCUAUGGAGCAUGGGGGUCCGGUACAACUUGAACAGACUGGUCGGGGAGGGACCUCAGCUCUACAUUGUGAAUGCAUAA